ACCGUAUUUGUUUUGCCUACUAUUUCCCUCCUUUUCUGUUCUGAGACGACUUGCUUAUUACGAUCUGAACAUCUUUGACAACGAUCGAUAUACAGACAUUGCGCCGUGUAUUUCCGCAUCAUUGCGCCCCGCACGAGGAUUCUAAAUCGCCCUAGUUGCGUCCGCGGUUCUGUACCAUAUAGAUCUCCGUCACGACACGGCGAAGAAUAGCCGCCUUAAAAGUGCUUGCGAUACGUUUCUUUCCAUGAAUCUUUCCAUCCAGUUAUAUAAUCCAUCAUGUUUUGGCGCUUUGGUGGAUAUGCAAGUAUCUCCUCGAUCGAUACCCUUCUUGACAAGUCCGAUGUCAGCCUGGAAGAGUUACUGGAUGAGUCGGAAUUGAUCCAGGAGCUUAAACAACAUAAUACGAAGCUCAUAGAAUAUUUACGAGAUGAUAAUGUCUUGAAACGCCUUAUGGACCAUGUGAUCGCCCCUAGCCUAGUGAACGAAGAUGAUGAUGAGGAUGAUAUCAAUGACACUAAUGGGAGUAAGGAUGCUACCGCGGCGGAGAAGCGCGCGGACCCGCUGAAGGAUAUUUUAGACCCUGAAGACUUAGACAGGGCGGAAAAAGAACGCCUCAAGCGCGCCUACGUCGCGUGCGAGAUUCUCUCAGCUGAAGUAUGGUCGAUAUUAGACUCUAUCAUGCUUAACCGGGAUCAUCUCAAAGACUUUUGGGCUUUUCUAUGGAGAGCACCCCCUCUAGAUUCCCUCCAGGCGAGUUAUUUCACGAAAGUGAAUGAGACGCUUUUUGACAGGAAAACUAGCGAGAUGCUGGAUUUUCUCAAGUCUUUGGAAGGAAUUGUUCCGGCCUUCCUCCAGCAUAUCGAUAACCCCAUGGUUAUGGACCUGCUGCUGAAGAUCGUCAGUCUCGAAAAAGUAGAAGGGGGCCAAGGUACUGUCGAAUGGCUAAAAUCGCAAGACUUGAUACCUAAACUUCUUUCAUUCUUAUCAUCGGAUUGGUCGGCCGCAGUUCAGACUUCGGCUGGUGAUUUUCUCAAAGCGAUCAUCACCAUAUCUGCGAACGCAACACAGAACGAUCAAACCUGUAUUGGCCCUAACAGUCUGACACGUCAGUUAGUUUCCGGGCCUUGCGUGGAAAAUCUCAUUAAGGCUAUGUCACAAGGCGGUAACCCUUUAACUGUGGGCGUCGGUAUUGUCAUUGAGGUCAUCCGCAAGAACAACUCUGAUUAUGAUCCGCCGGAUGCUGUUAAUAGCCCUGAUUCGUUACCCAACACUUACGACCCUAUCUAUCUCGGAAACCUUCUUCGGCUUUUCGCCAAGCAUAUUCCCGACUUUAUGAAUUUAAUCAAGAGCACGAAGCAUACUGUUGAGGACGGAGGGAAAGUGAAGAGUGUAGAUAGGGGCAAAUUAAGCUCAGCUUGGGGUGCCAAAAUUGAACCAUUGGGUUUCGACAGAUUCAAGACCUGUGAAUUGAUGGCUGAGCUGUUACAUUGCAGUAAUAUGGCUCUCUUGAAUCAAUCCGGAAGCGAGGAGUAUGUGCAACAGCGGGAUGCUGAACGCGAGAGGUUGGUGCGAGAGGGCGCUUUUAACCCAAACAGAGAAGAGACUUCCGUAUUUGAUGGCAAUGACUCUACGGUGGAUUUUGUCAAUGGUUCAAUGGUUGGUUAUGGUUCUCCGGAGGACUCCAGGGUUCUUGAAGUUGCGAAUACAGGCGAGGAUGGAUUUGAAGACGUUAGCUCAUCAGGUGUCCUUGUCGAUAAGGAGAAAGAUACUGCCGAAGCCAAAGACACCUUCGGUCAAGAAGCGCAACCCCAGCACACGCCGCAGGCCUCCACACCGAUAGAAGAACGGGGUUCGGAUGAAGCACCAAUACACGGAAGCGAGGAUCAGAAAAACGCAAGAAACGAUACGACCGCCCAAACACACACGCCUUCCUCAGAUCCAACGUCUCCUACUGCAUCGGGAAUAACUGAGCGGGUUAGAGAGGUGACUCUGGACACUAACCAGGGCCCGAACGACAACAAAUUAUCUACAGAAGUAAUGUUUGCGGAAUCACCAGUUGCUUUAGAUGGUGACCAAACACAGACAUCUACUCCAACGCCUUCUGUGCCCGAGGCGGUCCCUCCCCCUCUCUUUGCCUCAAAACAAGAGAAUCAGCAAAUAAGUUCCCAAGACCCUGACACUGCUGGACAGAUCGGUGAAGGCUCAGGGUCCACGGACUCUCCUGCGGAAGCUCGACGCACUGAGGGAGAAUCACAACAAUGCAUGCAUCCCGACAUUCAGCUUGACCCCAACGGUCAACCUGUUGUAGGUGACUAUCUCAAGGUUAUGUUCGUGGAGAACCGAGUUGUACCUACUAUUCUGGAUUUCUUCUUCCGAUUCCCGUGGAACAACUUCCUUCAUAAUGUUGUAUAUGAUGUCAUACAACAAGUGUUCAAUGGGCCUAUGGAACGUGGCUAUAAUCGGGUUUUGGCCGUUGAUGUCUUCGAGACUGGUCGGAUAACUCAGGAGAUUGUAGAGGGACAGAAACGGAGUGAUGAAACACAGCGGACCAAACAAAUUAGGCUUGGAUACAUGGGUCAUUUAACACUGAUCGCAGAGGAGGUUGUCAAGUUCAGUGAGCGACACCCGCCCGAGUUACUUUCUCCAACGGUCAUGGAGAACGUUUUGAACCCCGAGUGGAUAGACUAUGUCGAGCAAACUCUUUCCGAGACUAGAGAGCGCGAUAAUGCCAUACUUGGUGGGGUGCGCCCAGACAUGUCUAUCGGACACCGCCAGGGUAUGCUUAACUCCGGCCAAAGUAUGACUGGCUCGUCGGCUCUUGCAGAGGCUGGGUUGAAUGGAGCGGCUGGAGGAUCCGGUUUUCAGGGCUUUGAUAUGAUGAACCAAGGAAGUGUCUCUGGAGGGGCUUUCGGUCUCAGCGGCGGAGGCAGUACUCUCCUGAGCGGAUUUGCAAGCUCAAGCGAUGACGACGAGGAUGAAGACAUGGAGGAUCAAGAUGACAGGAACCUUGCUGAUCAAUCCGCAGAAGGCAGUUCUGAAAAUGCAUCCGCUUAUUCCACGAGCCAGCCUAUUCCGAUUCUUCCUCCGCCUCCAGCUCCUCUAAGUCUCGGUCCGUCUCGGGCACGUCGGCAGUUAGCUGCGCGGCUUGCCCUUCAGAAGCAGCAGGCGGCUGAAAACGCAGGAGACAAUGGCGAGAAAAGGGCAGAGACGAACGCGCAUGAGAGUUCUCAGUGGCCUUCCAAUCCGUUUGUGGUUGCUGGUGUAGAUGAUGAUGGCGAUGGUGGAAGCUCCCCUUCCAAUGCUUUUCCGUCCUCGGAUUUCCCAUCAGCAAACAAGGACCAGCCUUUCUCGUCACCUACAUUUCCAGAAUCAGGUUUCAGCCCUCCUGACUCCUUUUCAACCAAUUCCUCGGAGGACGACGGUGAAGGUAGAAGUGAGGGGUUGAGACGCAAAGAGCGCAUCCCCCUCGAAGUUGAUGAUGACGACGACAUGGGCGAGAUGGUGGGGCCAUCGGUUGGGUCAGACAUGAUGGACACCGACGAAGAAGACGAAGCUAUUAUGAACGAAUCAUUAGGCUAUCCUGAUCUUGGACCUGGACGAUAUAAGAGCUUCCGAAGAUCACGCUUCGGGGUAUCCCCUUUCGGUGACGAUGACGACCAAAAUGACAGCAGUGACGGUGAAGAUGAUGGACUGGUCGAGAUCCUGGCCCCAGGAAAGAAGCCUUGAAUGGCUGUGUCAAUACGACGAAAUCAAAUCCU